GGAUGGAGCGCACCGUGUGUCCGCCCCCGCCGUACUGCACAACCCCCUCCGACCACCAAUGGGUGUUAUAUUAAUACUGCUAUUACCACUACUACUACAACAACAACAACAACAACAGCAACAACAACAACUACUACWACCGGGUGCUACUAUUAGUUACUACCGACUGCCUACACUACUACAACUACGACAGCUCGGUGGGGCGUGUGUGGCGUGUGGUCGUGUGCGUUAGUGGGCUCAUUGAGUGUGUGUGUGUCGAAGUCGGGUGCGUGCGUGCGCGUGUACGUGAGUGUGUGUGCGCUCGACGGCAUUUCCUUAUCCGCCGGUCGACGACGUGACCACGACGUCGCUGCCGACGCCGCCGCCGCCGCCGCUCAGCACGACGACGACCACGACCACAGACGACCCGACGGCGAUUAUUGUUAUUAUUAUUAUUAUUAUUAUUACUAUUAUUUAUUUAUCGCGAUAACGAUUCGGGUCGGUUACGUCUUACGUCCGCGUAAAAAAAUCACUUCCGAUCGCCGUCGGUCAUYGUCGUUUAAUUUUUAUUCCAAAUCACCAUAAUUUUGGCUGGUGACGGCUACCCACAUACCAUCCUGCCGCUAAUUUAUCGCACUUMUUUUCCUCUACGACCGCCACCAGAAGAGGGUUCCCGACUUCCGCAAAGAUCGAUGCUCACCGGCUUUAAAGCACGCCGCCACUUGGUGCCUUCUCUGCCUUCUACCGUAGCUAUUGUCUGUUAGCUACUGAUUGCAGUGCAAGUUGUUAUUUACACCUAUAUCAAUUAACUCAAGUAAUCUUUCCAUGGUCAUAGCUAUGUCCGGCACAUCACACAAACAUUACUCAGUGGAGGAGCACAGCGUCUCAAUCUGCAAUAAGUCCUAUCUGUACACACAUGAGUGUAGAUAAUAGGCGGUAGCAGGUCGUCUUCAGCUGACUGUAGCCAUCUCACUAGUCAACCAUAUCAAUUGAUAUUUCGUAAGUGUUAACCUUGUGGAAAUUCUACGAUCGCACACUAUUUACUGCAGCUUUUUCCCAGUAGUUAUGAGUAGUGUUCGUGUUGAGGGAAGCUUUACCAAAAUUUUCGUACAGUUUGUAUUGUUUGAUGUUGAGUAAACGACAACAGUUAUUUAAGUUUUUUGUGUGUCUCGUUUGAAGCUAAUGCAUCACUGUAAUUUUAAUCUGUUAAAAUUGGAAACCAUUCAUCUGGAUGCUAUAUACAGAGUAGCUGUUUAGAAGUUUCCUAAAAGCUGUUUGAAUGCAAGUUGCAACGGUAAUGCAUCCCAUGCAACAUGCUGGAGGAGUGGCAACCUAUUAUGCUACUCCUAGGCCAACACAUCCACACUACUCAAGUGUAAAUUAUCACGAUUACAACGCAUCCUAUUCCAAGCGUGCGCAGUUGGGUUGCGGUUACAACACGACUGGUGGUAACCAAGGUUUGAACAACCCGAAUUUUGGUGGAAAAUCGGGCACGGUACCUGGCCAUCACAGUGGCCCGCCCGGUAUGACCGGCAACUAUGCUAGUGGCGCCCCUACACAGUAUCAUCACAGAGCGACGGCCGGUUGGAAUUCAGCGCCCUUACCUGCACAACAGUAUCGAUACGGAACCGGUCCAGUAACGCAGACCACYAUGUCACCGUACACGUCUUACAACCCCAAUCCAACUACCUACUCAAACAGCAACAACAGGAUACCGACGGCCUCAUCGCCAGCCAACACCAACAGCAGCUCGAGCUCCAACACCAACGGCGGUGCAUCGUUGCAAUCGUCUAACCAGCCGACUACUAGUUCGCCGUCGUCAGAAUGUCAAUCAGCCGCGCCGGCACAGCAGUUGUCCAAGACCAAUCUUUACAUACGCGGAUUGAACCAAAACACAAUGGACAAGGAUUUGAUUACCAUGUGUUCGCAAUAUGGCAACAUAGUUUCAACUAAAGCGAUACUGGACAAGAACACCAACAAGUGUUACGGAUUUGUCGACUUCGAGUCGGGCUCGUGCGCUGACGCCGCGGUCAAAGGUCUGCAAGCAAAAGGUGUCCAAGCCCAAAUGGCUAAAGUGGGUAUUCCAGUUCAACGUAGAGCGGCCACUCAGCAAGAACAAGACCCGACCAACUUGUACAUAGCCAACUUGCCACCGAAUUUCAAAGAGAACGAUUUGGAUACGCUAUUGUCGAAGUUUGGUCAGGUAGUAUCGACUAGGAUUUUACGUGAUACAAAUAUGGUCAGCAAAGGGGUCGGAUUUGCUAGAAUGGACUCUAAAGAAAAGUGUGAACAAAUCAUUCAAAUGUUCAAUGGCAAUCCGUUGCCGGGGUCUAAAGAACCUUUGCUUGUCAAAUUCGCCGACAGUGGUCAAAAGAAGAGRAACCCAAGCUAUAGAUCAGACUCUCGUUUGUGGAGAGAAUCAGAGAACGGCGGAUGUGUGCGUUUUCCUGUACAGCACUACAUGUUACAGGGCUCACACGUUGGGUACGAAGCGCCCCACAACGGUCUGGCUGGGUCAGCCGGUUCGCACGUCAUACCGGCCACCGCACUUGCGCAGUACGUUGGCCGGCAUUACACCACGCAGGCAUUGCCUGCCCACGGAUACUCGAUUCCGGCGUCCACGUGGCUGCCGCAAUACGUGAUGCAGCCUGCGCCGCCACAUCAUUUGGCCCCGAUAGACACUCCUGUAUGUUGUCAGAUGAUUCAGCAAGCUGAUCCUGGAUCCGUUCAAUACGGUUCAGUUAUGCCGCAACUCGCCACACAUAUGUCUGCUUUACAGAUCGGAAAUGGAUCAUAUCCAUGUUUUAGUACGUGGCCGGCCCACACCCAGGUUAUCCGUACUACACAAGCGCUGCACCAAACAUAAUUCACACGGUUCCAAUUCCACCAGAAGAACAUCCAUCUACAGCGGCUUCACCCGAUGACUCCUAUCAACAUUACUCGCACAAAUAAACAAACAAACAAAAAAUGCAAAACUAACCAAGUCGAUAAAAAUUAUUUGGUAACACCCGUCUUAUUUCCCAAGCUGUAUUUUCGUUAUUAUUUUUUUUUUUUUUAAUUAGUUAUCUUGGCCAUUUCAAAAUUUAGUUAAAUUUGUUUAGUUCUAAAAAUUACAAAAUGUAGGUGAAUAAUUAAACAGAAAAUGUAUAAAAGAAUAUUUGAUACUAUUAGUCAACCUGUUGAACUCCGUUGUGAAAAAAAUUUUCAAAAAAUUUUUAUCAGCGCAGAGUAACAGGUUAACGAUAUGUUUUAGACAAACAAAAAUGUUAGUUCAAUACAAAUUUAGCUCAAUUGUGGUUUUGCGUAGAGUAAUUAUUUCUAAAUCAUUAUUGUAAUAGGCACUUGUUUCAUUUGUCAUUCCCUCCAAACAAGUCUUAUCGAGUCUUGUUUUGUAAAUUCCAAAUUGAUUGUUUCGCUCGAUGCUAUUUGUUUUUUCCGGACCCUUGACAACAUGUCGUUUAUUUUGACAUGAAAAUGGUUUUAAACAACGCGUUUUAUCGUUUCGCGAUUCAUUUCAUCGUGUUCAGUUAUUUUUACUGAAAAAACAUUAAAUUCAUUUUAAUCGCUUCAUUGUUUAGGCGUAAAAUCGUAAAAACGGUUUUAUAUCUAAAUUGUGCAGUUUUUUAUUAAAUGAUUUUUAGAGUUAUUACAGUAACAUUUACUGAACGUUAUAUUUUUAUAAUGAAACGAGAAUACGUAUCAUUAUUGUAAUAAAAAAGAUUAUCGAAAAGAGUUAAUAGUAGAUUCAUACGGUCCAAAAAAUAUGUACUUAUUAAUAAACGUAUUAAAUUUGACAUUCGGCAUAUUGCUGAAUAAAUUUACAGCAAUGAGUUUAAAAAAAAAAAAAAAUAAUAAUAAUAAUAAUUAUAUUAAACAACAUUCAAUAUGUCUAUAACUUUUGGUCCUCAAAAUAAUUGUUUUUUAAAUUUUAAAUUAUUUCUUUUUUAACAUGUUCA